AUGACCAAGUUCAAGGAAGCAGUGACUUUUAAGGACGUGGCUGUGGUCUUUACCGAGGAGGAGCUGGGGCUGCUGGACUCCGCCCAGAGGGAGCUGUACCAGGAGGUGAUGCUGGAGAACUUCCGGAACCUGGUCUCUGUGGGGCAUCAGUCCUUCACUCCAGAAGUAAUCCCCUCCUCAUUAGAGAGAGAAGAAAAGCUUUGGAUGAUGAAGCCAGCAACCCAAAGAGAGAGCCCUUCAGGAGGCAAGAAUCUAAGUGAGAUGGAGAUUCUUCAAGAAGUAGAAUUAAGAUACCCGUCACAUGAAGAGCUUCUCUGCUCGCAAAUCUGGCAACAAGUUAUAAGGGAGUUAACCCGGGGUCAGGAUUCUAUGAUAAAUAUUCAAGAAACUAUUUCUCACUUCCAAAAACAAAGCGAUGUACUCCAUAAAGAAGAGGAGUUUGGUAAAAGCCUUAAUCAGAGUCCAUAUCUUCAAGUUCAUGAGAGUGCCCACAUUGGAGAAGAACCUUUGGUAGAGGAGGAAUGUGGAAAAGGUUACAUUUGGAGCUCUCAUCUUCAACUAAACCAGAGGAUGUAUGCAGAAGAGAAGCCAUGUAAUUGUGGAAAAUGCGAUGAUGCUUUCUAUAGGUUUUCAAGUCUUCAAGCCCAUCAGAGAAUCCACAAUAGAGAGAAAUCAUACAAGCAUGAUGCGUUGUGUGAGGACUUCAGUCAGUGGUCAUAUCUUCAUCAUCAUCAGAGAGUCCACACUGGAGAUAAUCCAAACAAAUAUGAGGAGUGUGGGAGGAAUGUUGGGAAAAGCUCACAUUAUCAAGCUCAUCUAAUAGCCCACACUGGAGAGAAACCCUAUAAAUGUGAGGAGUGUGGGGCAGAUUUUAGUCAGAGUUCAUAUCUUCAAGUCCAUCAAAGAGUCCACACUACAAAGAAACCUCAUAAAUGUGAUGAAUGUGGCAGGGGCUUCAGUUGGCGUUCUCGACUACGGGCUCACCAGCGCAUCCAUACUGGAGAAAAACCAUACAAGUGUGAUGCAUGUGGUAAAGUCUUCAGCUAUAUCUCAUACCUUAAUAUUCAUUGUAGAAUCCACACAGGAGAGAGACCUUAUAAAUGUGAGGAGUGUGGGAAGGGCUUCAGUGUGAGUUCACACCUUCAAGCUCAUCAGAUAAGCCACACUGGAGAGAAACCAUACAAAUGUGAGGAGUGUGGGAAGGGCUUCUGUCGAGCCUCAAAUCUUAUGGACCAUCAGAGAGGUCAUACUGGAGAGAAGCCAUAUCAAUGUGAUGCAUGUGGGAAGGGCUUCAGUCGUAGCUCAGAUUUUAACAUUCAUUUUAGAGUUCAUACAGGGGAAAAACCAUAUAAAUGUGAGGAGUGUGGUAAGGGAUUCAGUCAAGCCUCAAAUCUGUUGGCCCAUCAAAGAGGCCACACUGGAGAAAAACCAUACAAAUGUGGUACAUGUGGGAAAGGCUUCAGUCGUAGUUCAGAUCUUAAUGUUCAUUGUAGAAUCCACACAGGAGAGAAACCCUAUAAGUGUGAGAAGUGUGAUAAGGCCUUCAGCCAGUUCUCAAGUCUUCAAGUCCAUCAGAGAGUCCACACUGGAGAGAAACCAUAUCAGUGUGCAGAGUGUGGGAAGGGUUUCAGUGUAGGUUCCCAGCUUCAAGCCCAUCAGAGAUGCCACACUGGAGAGAAACCAUAUCAGUGUGAGGAGUGUGGGAAGGGCUUCUGUCGGGCCUCCAAUUUCCUGGCUCAUCGUGGCGUCCACACUGGAGAGAAGCCAUACCGAUGUGAUGUGUGUAGUAAGCGCUUCAGACAGAGAUCAUACCUUCAAGCCCAUCAGAGGGUCCACACUGGAGAGAAACCAUACAAAUGUGAGGAAUGUGGGAAAGUCUUCAGUUGGAGUUCAUACCUUCAAGCCCAUCAGAGAGUCCACACUGGAGAAAAGCCAUACAGAUGUGAGGAGUGUGGGAAGGGCUUCAGUUGGAGUUCGAGUCUUAUAAUUCAUCAGCGAGUCCAUGCUGAUGAUGAGGGUGCUAAGGAUUUUCCUUCAUCACGGAAUUCACACAGGAAAGAAUCUUUAUAA